AUGGAUUCUUAGCACUCUAAUAAGAAAAUUUGCUUUGAAGAAACUUUGGAUAAGAUGGAAGCUCAAAAUAUAACUGUUGACAAGUGGGGUAGAUGUAAAUAAGAAUUUGUGAAGACUACAAUUCAAAUCAAGUAUACAAAAGAACAAUAUAUCAUUUAUUCAUAAGAUGGAGUAAUUCUAAGAAUGGAUCAAAUAAGAGGGGGUUGUAAAAGUUCAGAUAUAUUGAGUAAUGUGGAUUAGAUUUAAUAUCUUUUUUUUUAAGGUUAAUAUGAGUAAAAUGAAAGAAAAUCUGGUAGAUGGAGGGCCACUUGGGAUGGAGAAGUUAUUGAAAAUGUUGGAGGGUACUAUGAGAAUGGAUUAAAAUAAGGAUUCUGGAAGGAAUUGAAUAAAAAUUAUUGCAGAUAACAAAGAUUAGAAUUCCAAAAAUGUCCAGCUGAAAUUUUUGAAAAUGGAGAAUACUCUAAUGAUUAAAAAAUUGGUUUAUGGAAAUUUUUUUAUGAUGAUAAAUAGAUUGGAGGAGGCUUCUAUGAUGGGUAAGCUUAAAAGACUGGUAAAUGGAUUGAGGUAAAUAAUGGAUUCAAUAAAAGUUCAUAAGUCACUUAUCAUGGUGAAUAUAAGAAAGGUAAUAAAGUUGGAAUUUGGGAUAUUUUCUAUGUUGAUAUUUAUAAUACAUCGAAAUAAAUUGGCGGCGGAUUAUAUGAUGUAAAUGGGAAUAACACUAAGAAUGGUAAGUGGAUUGAGUUGAGCGAAUGGGUUGAUAUCAAAUCAUGUAUUACUCUGAAUGGUUAAUAUAAAACUGGAAGAAAAAUAGGUAGGUGGGAUAUCUUAAUUUACAAAUAUCAAUAGCACGACAAUCCAGAAAUAAGAAAAAUAGGUGGUGGAUUAUAUGAUGAUAAAGGUGAAGGCAAUAAAAUAGGAAGAUGGAUUGAAAUAAAAGAUAAAUAUGAUGAUAUUUCAUAAAUCAUCUUUACUGGUGAAUAUGAUAAUGGUAUAAAAAAUGGUAAUUGGGAUAUUCUAUUUUCAGAAAGGGCUUCUAAAAUUAUGAAAAGAUGUAAAAUUAUCAAAAAAAUCCUUAGAGGAGGAGGAUCUUAUAAGAAUGAAUAGGGUAAGCCAAUUAAAAUCAAAAAUUGGGUUGAAUCGAGUGAUAAUUAUAAAGCCAAUUCAAAAGUUGUUUACACUGGUGAAUAUAAGAAUGGCUAAAAAGUUGGUAGAUGGGAAACUUAGAUCAAAGAUUUGUUCUCAAAAAACAAUUAAUAGAUGUAUAGAUUUCAUCAUCUCACUAUAGUUUCU